UCUCAACCCAUUCAACCCCCACCCCCUCACAGGCUUUCACUCUGGUUGGAGCGGCGUUGGAUGCAUAUACUUGUUUUAAGCGGCAUUGUUUGAUUUUGUUUGGUUUUUGGUAAGUGUUUCUCUAUGCAACCGGAUUGUUAUUUCUUUCUUUUUUACUUUCGGGUCGGUGUUGGCACCGCCGAAACACUUUUUCAGGUACAUGCCUAUGAGUGGUGCGCGAACAGAGGCAUACCACUGAGAAGGCCUUUUUUAAGUCUUCCUACCUCCUCGAUUUACUGAUGACGCAUAGGCAUAAUCACGCCACUAUACCCCUUUUCGUAUUUGAUUGUCUAUUCUUGAUGACCGUUACGACUGCCGUGUCUUGUUUCAUUCCGGCCUUAUGCCCCUGCGUAAUCGCGCGUGAUCGUCAUCUUUGAUACCCACCAAUAGCGAGACAAAAGAGAAAAGAGAUCUCAAAAGAAUAAAAAAUGGAGGCAUUAUCACCGCGAUCAACAAACCAAGUGAUCAAGCCCAAACCCAUGGAGCGCAAGGUCUUGGAUCGCAAUGCUGCAGCUGCAGCUGCAGCCCAAAAAGCUGCAUCUUCAAAGAACCAUGCGCCGCCACCACCGUCAAUGAUUGCAGAGCCGGAAGAAGAUGGAGAGCGAUAUUCGACGGGGGCAUUUCUCGGCAAAGGAGGGUUCGCUAUCUGCUACGAGGGCACUUUAUUGCGCAACAACCGGGUAUUUGCAAUGAAGGUGGUCAGGUCUGAGAUGGCGCAGAGAAAGAUGCAAGAGAAGUUUCGCACCGAACUCCAAAUCCAUUCGAAAAUGCGACACCCUCAUAUCGUCACAUUCCAUCGCGCUUUUGCUUUCGAGAAGUGUAUAUACGUGAUCCUCGAACUUUGCCCCAAUGGAUCGGUCAUGGAUAUGGUUAAAAAGAGGAGAUCCCUCAGUGUACCGGAGGUUCGACGCUUCAUGAUACAAUUAUGCGGUGCGGUAAAAUAUCUGCAUAAACGGAAUGUCGCACACCGCGACCUGAAGAUGGGGAAUCUUUUCCUGGAUCAGAAUAUGGAUAUUAAAGUGGGGGAUUUUGGCCUGGCAGCAAUGAUAAUGUCUGAAAAGGAUGAGAAGAGAAGGAAAACUCUAUGUGGAACGCCGAAUUAUAUAGCACCUGAAGUUCUCGAUAAGAGUAAAGGAGGCCACACACAAAAGGUUGAUAUCUGGUCAUUGGGCGUCAUAUGUUUUGCAAUGCUCACUGGGUACCCGCCUUUCCAAUCAAAGACCCAAGAAGAGAUAUAUAAGAAAGUGAGGAGUCUCACAUACGUCUGGCCUAAAGACUCAGAAUGUUCCAACCAUAUCCCAGAUGAAGCCAAGUCGCUUGUUAGUUCUUGCCUCAACCUUGCGGAAAAUGAACGGCCGGAUCCAGAUGACAUCGUUGAGCAUCCAUUUUUCCAUAUGUAUGAGGGCUGUAUACCGAAAAGACUGGAUCCCUCAUGCUGUCUCGCCAAACCGGUAUGGCUGAAAUCAGAUGAGCCUCGUGGUGAUCGUAUGAUGUUUGGAUAUAGCUUGGAAUAUGAUGAGAAGCUCGCGGGAUAUAUAGAACAUGUUGAUGAUCUAACCCAACGGUAUCCUAUAUGCAAGGCAGCUUUCUAUAGUCUCUGUGGCGUGGGCCGAAAGCCGGAUGGCACUGCUCGCAAAGCUGCCGGGAAGAACUCCUCCAAAUCCGCAUUUGCAGAAUGUCUAGUAGAAGAGGAGAAAGGCCUCCAGCCAAUGGUUCCACUCCCCGAAGACGUUGUGUACAGGUAUCCUCAUGCGCCGGAAGGAGAUUGGAGCAUCCCUGAAGCGACCUUGCUCAGCCGCCGGGAUGGUGCUCCACUUGAUACUAGUGUUCUCUCUUCAAGGAGCACUUUAUCCUUGCGAAGCACCUCGGCCUCGCUCUCACGGACACAAGCAGCACUUGUGGCAGCCCAGCAGCGGCGACAGGCCUCGCAGAGCCAUGCGGCAACCCUUCGGCAACAGGCAUCCACAGGUAGGGGAUCUGUUCGGAAGAUCACAGCUCUCUGCGACCCACCAGCCUCAACAGCACAGGCUCUUCCUGAGGUAGGAGAGCUAGCACCAAACGUCGUACAAGGGCCAAGUGGUGGACUUGCCGAGCGGCCUAUCCGUGCGCGACGUGGUGUAGUGGCAUCAACCUCAGGGCCAGUACGUGAUCUGGAGCGAAAUAUGGCGCCGCCGGAGUCUAGAAUGAGCCAUGAAACCGGUAUCUUGACUGUCGGCAAGACGCGUUCGCAGUCUCGGCGCCUAGAGGCAGCAAGUCAGGUGACAUCUGGCCUGCCCAAAGCUCAAGAACGGCCUGUAUCUACGGUUUUGGAAAAGUUGCCGACUGUCGCACGGCAAAGUUCCUUGCGCGGCCCGAUAAAGCCCGACCCUAGAGAUCCACCGAAGGAGAAAGAAGACGUCAAUGUGACCGCAAAGGACGAAUUAGCUGCUCAGAGCCGUCGCUUGGCAGCUGAAUCUCAGGCGCAACCUGUGAUCCGAUCCGGUAGCAAGACAUCACUGUCAUCCGGGAGUAAACCACGAUCCUCUAUAGGCUUGCACGUGCUUUUCCAUAAGGACGACUCCUGCGAAGUGCUGCCCCGAACCUCCACUGCCGACACUAACGCUGACUUGCGGCAUAUGCUUUCGAACCUGGUACCUUUUUCAUCUGCUCGGCGACGAACAGCUUCGAAGCGUGCGCCCCAUACGUACGUUAUUAAAUGGGUCGACUAUACAAAUCGAUAUGGUAUCGGGUAUGUUUUGGAUGAUGGAAGUGUCGGAUGUAUUUUUAAAUCCGGUAAUGGGCAACCAGCGAGCGGAGUUGUAAUGCGCGAUGGUGAGAAACACAUUCGUCGUAAAGCUCGGCAUGAAGAGCAAAAAGGAAACGGCACGUAUGUAUACUCCGAGGCUGGACAACUCGUUCCUCGCAAUGGAAGACUAGUCGAGUUCUACGAAAACUGUGACAACGACCUCCCGGAAUGCCGUGGUGGCAUCCGCCGCGCCUUUAUCUCUCCUUCCGUGUUUGAGCGGGAGAGCUCGUCGAGUAGCUCAUCUGGUCUUGUAUACAAGGCCCGGCUGAAUGCCAGUGUUGAAUGUGCGCGCGCUGAUGCAGAAAAGAUCAAACGUGUCAAAUUGGCUCAUCAAUUUGGCGAAUAUAUGAUCGGAUCUCUGGGCCGAAAUGAAGCGUAUCUUGAAGACCAGCUGCCCCCUGACCAUCACGGCCAAUUCAUCAAGUUCUACCAGCGCUUUGGCAACGUGGGUGUCUGGGGUUUCGGCGAUGGUGCAUUCCAGUUCAACUUCCCUGAUCAUACAAAGAUUGUUAUAUCACCGGGCCGCACUAGAAGCUCUUCACCGUGGAUUGACUUUUAUCACCUAUCUCCGUCCGCUGCUCGCUACUUAAGUUCCAAGGGAAAAAUGCAUCCGUCUGGAUUCGAUAGUCGAUCAAUGGCAUCCGACGAGGCUGGCACCUUCCUUAGUAUCGCUUAUGGUGCUGGCACUAGCCCCAAGGAUGAGCGACUUCGCGACAUCCUGGAGGCCAACGCAUUUUUACCGAAGAUUACCUUCAUGAAAGCCGUUCUCAAAGGCUGGAUCAGGCUUGGUCGCCUGGGCGAACGACCCGCUCCAGACGAGAAGCCAACAAACGAUGGGGUCUCUGGCCCACUUGGGUUGUUUUGGGAGGGUGCUCAGGAAAGACCGCACCCCGGAGGAAGCGGUGGCAGAUUUGUCUGGGUCACUGUAGGGGCUCCAGGAGGGGACACAGAGUAUCGGUCCGUCUCCUUGAAGAAGGCCGAGAAUGAAAUCGACGGGGAAAUGGAUGCAUUGAGAGAGCGCUUGCGACGGUUGGGGGCUCCAUCGUAACCGAUGGGUUCUGUUUACGACGACAUGAUUGACUUGAACUUAUGUGUGGUUGGCUCUUUUGUAUUUUCAUGGCGUUUGGCAUUCUUGUAGAGUUGAUCCGUUUAACAUUUGACACUUACUACCCAGCAUUAUAAUUACAAGUCUG